CGCUGCUCACUUGACCCUGAAAAUCUCACAAAAUCAAGUAAAUCAAGAGGCUCAAAUCUCCAGGUCCUUUUUAAGAAUACCCAGGAAACUACCCAGGCCUUCAAGGGUAUGCAUAUCUGGAAAGCCACCAAGUAUCUGAAAGAUGUCACUUUGCAAAAGCAGUGUGUGCCAUUCCAAUGUUACAAUGGUGGAGUUGGUAGGUGUGCCCAGGCCAAACAGUGGGGUUGGACACAGGGUGGGUGGCCCAAAAAAAAGAGUGCUGAGGUUUUGCUGCAUAUGUUUAAAAACUCCGAAAGUAAUGCUGAACUUAAGGGUUUAGAUGUUGAUUCUCUGGUCGUUGAGCAUAUCCAGGUGAAAAAAGCUCCCAGGAUGCACCAUCGCAUGUACAGAGCUCAUAGUCGGAUUAACCCUUACAUGAGCUCCCCCUGCCAUAUUGAGAUGAUCCUUACUGAAAGGAAACAGAUUUUUCCUAAACCAGAAGAGAAGGUUUCCCAGAAGAAAGAGAUGUCCCAGAAGAAACUGAAGAAACAAAAACUUAAAUCUCAAGAAUAA